AAAUGAACGGUCGUGACGUGGAAAAUAUUUUCAGUUUUUUUUUUCUAAACAACAACAACAAAAUAAAAAGCCUCUGAAAAGUUAGAACUUUACACAAUUCAACGUUUCCACAGCGUAAUGACAAUGAAGUGAAAACUGAAAGACUGCAUGCCAUCGUUUGGACAAUGCAAUGGAAAUUCUUGGCCGUAAAGGAUUAAAUAAAUAAUUCGCGUGUGUGUAUGUGUGUGUGUGCGCGUGGGAAUAAGUAAAGCAGGUGCUGCUGGAGAAUCUCGGUGCGAUUUAAUUUUGUGUAUUUAUUCAAAUUGUUUGCUUCCUCGAUAUGUACGAGCUGUGAGUAUUCUGUGCUACCGCGAGGAGGAAGCUCUCGUGUUUUCGUUGACUUCGUACGGCGGUUAAUGUUUUGUGUCAACUCGUUUUAAUGAAAAUCCAUUUGAGUAGAACACAACUGUGCAUGUGUUUUGUGUGUUGUUGUUUUUAUUGAAAUUUUUGAAAUCGGGAACACUUUGCAUCAGCAGAGAACACCUUUCCCGCAAAUGGAAAAUACAAAAUCGAAAGGAGAAAAGAUCUGCCAAAUAAAGUGCUCCAAACACACUACAAAUUGAUGUGGCCUACUCAACUGCCAGUUCAAAUGAGUAGAAAGAUAGCCGAAGCAGAUUCCAGCAAAGAAAAUUUCAUCCAGACCUGUUCAAACAAAAAUAAAUAAGCGGCAUUCAAAAUUAAUGAUGACGGUCAUUGGAGCUGUUUGAUGCACAAAGCGCGGAUGUCAAAGGUACAAAAAACAGAGUAGAGCUAGCCAUAUUACCGGUCAGCCAGCUAGCCAGCCAGCAAGCACAGAGGGGAAAAAGAGAUUUCAAUUAACUGCAAAUAAAUGCCACAGCAAAUUUAAUUAUAGAAAAUCGGUAGAGUUGAGAAACCUGCCCCAAACGGCCAUAGUUGGCAGUCGCGUUGCGAAGCUGCCUCUAAGCCAAACAUAACUGAGAGAGCAAGAGCAGCAACAGCAAUAAAAUAUCAUAAUUAUUUUCCACAAUAAAUGGCAAAUAGAAACAUUGGCCAGAACAACGGCAGCGGCUGGAUUAUCAGUGACAGCCACCAACUCGCAACUAAACAAAAUUGAAUAGAAAAAAUCACCAACAGCAACUAGCAACGGCCGCAGCGACAUCAGCUGCAACCGCGAUAGCGUACUGCGACAUUAAUUUCAAUUAAAGCAAAUUAAAAAGCAUUCAUCUGCGCACAGCAAAAGCGAAUGCGUCAGGAUCGCUAAAAUUCAAUUAUGCAAAUAUUUAAUCACAUGUGACAGAAAAAGUUUUGCGAUUUAUCAUCCGAAUUUAGAGCGAGUGAGAGAGAGCGAUAGAGAAAAAAAAAUUACUCACAAACAAACAAAGGAACGAAAAUUAGGUUUGUUUUUCCAAUGCAACCGAAGGAUUUAAAGCUGAAUAUUUAAGCAACGCCAACACCCCGCAAGCCAACGCGGCUUGUGUUUUUGGCAAAAACCUGGAGCAGAGACGAACUUCCAUGUCAAGAUACUCAUGUUAAACAUACUCGAACAAAUUUAUCAUCAAAAUGGACUACACUAGUUUGGGCUGUUGUGCUCUGGCAUUCGUUUUAUACCUGAACACAUUAAACUCUGGAUUUGUAUACGACGACAGGCGUGCAAUUCUAGCCAACACGGAUGUCUCGGGCACAACACCAUGGCAGAGUGCCUUUCUGCACGACUAUUGGGGCACACCGCUGACAGACACCGGCUCACAUGGCUCCUACCGGCCACUGUGUGUCCUCACAUUUCGCCUGAACUUUCUGCUGAGUGGCUACAACCCAUGGGGCUUCCAUCUGGUGAAUAAUCUGCUGCACUGUCUGGCCACCGGAUUGGUGGUAAAACUGGCCCGACACUUCCUCUCCUCUGUGUGGGGUGUUGUGGCAACGGGCGCCCUCUUUGCUGCACACCCCAUACACACAGAAGCUGUAGCCGGUAUUGUGGGACGAGCCGAUUUAGCCGCUUGUGUUUGCUAUUUGGUGGCAUUCCUGACAUAUAUGCGUCACAUAGCGUGGCGGGAGCGGGGCGAUCCAAUGCAGUGGCUAGCUCUGGCCUUAACCAUUUUGACAUCUGUUGCCGCGCUGCUGUUCAAGGAAACGGCUAUCAGCGCCUUGUUAGUGUGCGGCUUAUUUGAUGUGAUACGUGGCCUGGCCGGCUUGAGGGACAAACACCGUUUGCGAAGCCUCUGUGUGCUGGGCUUCAUUCUGGUGGGGUGUGUCUAUUGCCGCUUGGUGCUAAUACCUCGGCCUCAGACUUUGUUCUCCACAGCCGACAACCCAAUUGCAAAAACAAAUUCAAUGUGGACACGCUUUCUGACUUUCCUCUAUCUGCCCGUAUUCAAUUUCAAGCUGUUGCUUAACCCACAAGUGCUUAGUUUUGAUUGGGGCAUGAAUGCCAUACCACGCAUCACCAGCCUGUGGGAUGGCCGCAAUUUUUUGAGUGUGGGCUUGUACGGAACAUUGGCAUGGACUGCUUGGCGCAGUUGCUGCACCCUGCUCAAUGGCGGUCACAAACGUCUGAGUUCUGGUCAAAAGCACUCAACGGCCUCGGGCUCCUCUUCAACGUAUAAUGGUGCCACAUACCACCUGCAGCCGCAGACUCAACGUAAGUCACGGACCAAACGAAAAUAUGGCAAACAAAUGCAGUGUCAAACCACAAAUACAAAUGCAGCAGUUGUAACUUCCACGCCGACUCCCGAAAGCUAUUUCAUGUUGAGGUCUCCGUAUGCAUCAGCGGUGGCAACAUCAACACCCGCAACAGCUCCCACCACCGCUUCCUACUUAAAGCAUAAGCUUUUGGGCAUGGGCUCGCCACAGCACGUAUGUGGCGAUUGCAAACAGGAAUUUAGCUCCCUGCACCAUUGCACAUCGUGCCGUGUGCUGAACAACAACAAUGUUCUCACACUUAGCACGUCCAACGUGUACCGCAGCGAAUGCUGCUGUCAUCAGUUAAUGUCUUCCAGUGGCUCCUUGGGGACGCCACAGCUUUUCAGCUUCGCUCUGCACAAGGCCAUUUCGUGUGUGGUAUCAUCACGCAGCUCGCGCAGCAGCAGCAGUUGCAGCAACUCUACGACGGCCAGCAACAAGAGUACAGGCAGCAGUGCUUCCUCCACCUGCAGCUCGCAAUCAUCCAAGUCCUCCUCAUCCACGGCCUCAUCGCAACGGGAUGCAGUGUGCCUUACAUCGUGGCCAAUGCUGCAACGCGACGAGGAAUACCUAUUGGCGCACAUGAAUUCGAAGUGCGCCAACGCCAGCAUUCUACUGAUGGCCUUAACAUUCCUCACCCUACCAUUUCUACCCGCCACCAAUCUAUUCUUCUAUGUGGGUUUUGUGGUAGCCGAGCGUCUACUCUACUUGCCCAGUGUGGGCUUCUGCCUGCUGGUGGGGUUCGGAGUAUCGAAGCUACUCGAACGUGCCCACUCCUUGAGAAGUAAGAAGAAACGCCAGAUAAUCCUAGCAAGUCUGAGCAUUUUGCUUUUGGUCCUGAGUGCCAGAACUAUGCGCAGAAAUUUGGACUGGAGAGAUGAGGAGAGUUUAUAUCGAAGUGCUGUGCAAAUAAAUCCACCUAAAGCUCUUGGCAAUUUAGGAAGUGUCCUUAGUUCUCUGGCUCGCUACAAAGAAGCAGAGGAAGUUCUAUUAGAAGCCAUCAAAUAUAGGCCAAACAUGGCUGAUGUACAUUUUAAUCUAGGAAUUUUAUAUCAAAAUCAACAAAAUUAUAAAGCCGCCGUAGCGAGUUUCAAAAAGGCCUUGAAUUUUCGACCUAAUUUAGCCGUGGCUUAUUUGAAUUUGGGCAUUUCGCUGAUAGCUUUGGGCAAAUGUCAGGAUGCGGCACAGGUGUUGCAAGAGGGAGCCAAGGUGGAUGGCACAGGCGUAAGAGAUCGUCAGGGGCAUGAGAAUGCCCGCAUUACAUCGUACCUGCAACUGGGAGCUCUGUAUGUUGAACAGGGUAAACUGCAGAGAGCCUUGGCCGUUUAUCGCGAAGCAUUACAUGAGCUGCCCCAUAACUACUACAAGCGUGAUGUACUCUAUCAUCGCAUUGGCGACAUCUUUGGUCGACUGCAGCAGUGGGACGAAGCCGAGCGACAUCAUAGAGCUGCUUUGCAAUUGCAACCAAACCAGGUGGCAGCGCAUCUGUCCUAUGGUAUAACAUUGGCCAGAAAUAGCAGUAGAAUACCAGAGGCAGAGAUGUGGUUCAAACGCGCCUUGCAAUUAGCACCUGAAGAGGCCAGUGUCCAUCAUCAUUAUGCGGAAUUCCUGUCGUCCCAAUCACGCUUGGCGGAGGCCAUAGUCUAUCGAAUAAAAGCUGCAGAACUCUCACCUCGAGAUUAUUCCUUAGUAGUAGCAGCUGCCACUGCUUUGAGGCUAAUGGAUCGUAAGAAUGAGGCUGAAAUUUGGUAUAGAAAGGCUGUCAAUUUAAGGCCAGCCGAUGCCCAUGCUCACACAAAUCUUGGAGCCAUUCUACACCUGUUGGGUCGUACCACAAAUGCCGCUGCCAGCUAUAAGGAAGCCUUGAGACUGCAACCUGGAGAUGCUACUACUUUGGGUAAUCUAGCCAAACUUGGACUUACCGACACUAAAUAGAAGGAUAUUCAAACACACUCACCCAUUUCAAUGCAACUAUAACAACAUAAACUUCAAAUACACUUGGCAUAUGCACACACACACAUAUGUAUGUAUGGCAUAACCACACAAGGAACUGGCUUUUAUAAAAUAAAUACAGAUGUAGUUCGAUGUGUGCAUAUGCACAUACAUAUUUAUGUAUGUAAAGGGAUGAGUGUGCGUGUAUAUGUCAAAGCAAAGUAACCGCAAACCAACAAAAUCUUCAAAAGAUAUUGUAAACAAAUGUAUCAUAAGGAAAGAACUUAGAAUCCAAGACCAACAUUUAAAUAUUUAAUUAUGAAAUGUAAAAGGAGAUUAUUAACUUUUGAAUUUAUGUAAAUAAUUACAACAAAGGCAAAUAAAAUAAUGCAAAAUCCCACAUAAA